CUGAUUAUUCAUCUCAAUAUUUAUAUCCCUGCUCUCAGCGGGCAGCGCUAACGAGCGGCCGGGGAGUCCAACCACCGAACGAGCGCGGACUACAAGAAGCCCGGGAGUAGGAGGAGAGCGAACCUAGGAGACCGGAGCUCGGCCAGUUCCCCCGCAUCGCCUGCUGCCUGCAUGUAUUUACUGUCUGCUGACUCCCGCUUAGCCCCGACCCCCCGCCGCCGCCGCCAGCAGCAGGAGCAACAACAACAACAACCAGGCCCGAACGGAGGACAGCUACUGAGCCCGCCGUGUUGUGAGGCGCUGAAUGCAGAUUAACAGGGAUGCCCAAAGAAAAAUAUGACCCUCCUGAUCCUCGUAGAAUAUAUACCAUCAUGUCAGCAGAAGAAGUGGCCAAUGGCAAGAAGUCUCACUGGGAUGAAUUGGAAAUUUCUGGAAGGGUGCGCAGUUUAAGCACAUCACUUUGGUCUUUGACACACUUGACAGUCUUACACCUCAGUGAUAACAACCUCUCUCGAAUACCACCUGAUAUUGCCAAGCUCCACAAUCUGGUUUAUUUGGACCUCUCUUCCAAUAAGCUUAGAAGUUUACCAGCAGAGAUAGGAAACGUUGUCUCUCUCAGGGAAUUGCUUUUAAAUAACAAUCUGUUACGGGUUUUACCUUAUGAGCUGGGGCGACUGUUCAGGCUUCAGACCCUGGGUUUAAAAGGCAAUCCUUUAUCACAGGAUAUUCUCAGUCUGUAUCAGGAACCAGAUGGGAUCAGAAAGCUACUGAACUACAUGCUUGACAAUCUAGCAGUUCAUCCAGAACAGCUUCCUCAGAGGCCGUGGAUAACAUUAAAAGAACGAGACCAAAUUCUCCCCUCAGUUUCCUUUACAGUUAUGUGCUUCAAUGUUCUUUGUGAUAAAUAUGCUACUCGGCAGCUUUAUGGCUAUUGCCCUUCCUGGGCGUUAAAUUGGGAGUACAGGAAGAAAGGUAUCAUGGAUGAGAUAGGCAGCUGUGAUGCGGAUAUCAUCAGCCUUCAGGAAGUUGAAACCGAGCAAUACUUUACACUCUUUCUGCCAGCAUUGAAAGAACGUGGAUAUGAUGGUUUCUUUUCUCCAAAGUCACGUGCCAAAAUAAUGUCUGAACAAGAAAAGAAGCACGUGGAUGGUUGUGCAAUAUUUUUCAGAACUGAAAAGUUUUCCCUGGUCGCAAAACAUACCGUGGAAUUCAACCAGGUAGCCAUGGCUAACUCUGAGGGGUCAGAAGCUAUGCUGAACAGGGUUAUGACAAAGGAUAAUAUUGGUGUGUCUGUUUUGCUAGAAGUCCACAAAGAUCUCCCUGGGGGAGGCAUGAAGGCUCAUCAUUCAGCAGAUAAACAGCUUCUUAUGGUAGCAAAUGCCCACAUGCAUUGGGACCCAGAAUAUUCUGAUGUCAAGCUUAUCCAAACUAUGAUGUUUGUCUCUGAACUUAAAAGCAUUAUAGAAAAGGCAGCAAGCAGACCUGGCAGCCCUGCACCUGAUCCAAAUUCCAUCCCCUUUGUGUUAUGUGCUGAUCUAAACUCUUUGCCAGAUUCAGGUGUGGUGGAAUAUCUGACCAAUGGUGGGGUAGCUGACAAUCAUAAGGACUUUAAGGAGCUUCGAUACAAUGAGUGUCUCUCAAACUUCAACUGCAAUGGGAAGAAUGGGACCCCGGAUGGAAGAAUUACACAUGGCUUCCAACUGAGGAGCGCCUAUGAAAACAACUUAAUGCCUUACACCAAUUACACCUUUGAUUUCAAAGGGGUCAUUGACUACAUCUUUUACUCCAAGACACACAUGGAUGUUCUUGGCGUCCUGGGGCCUUUAGAUCCUCAGUGGAUGGCGGAGAACAACAUCACUGGCUGCCCUCACCCCCACAUACCUUCUGACCACUUCUCACUGUUAACACAGCUGGAACUCCAUCCUCCACUUCUGCCUCUCAUCAAUGGGAUACAUUUGCCAAGCAGGAGGUAGUGCUGACUGAGGCUUGGCAAUCGUUCUCAUGGACCUGUACAGCUGUAAGAGUCUGUAGGAGUGAAGUAUGGCCAACCUAAAGCUGCUUUUUCACAGCUCCUUCCCUUCUGUCAAAGCCGUGGUUCUGCAUUUUAUUGCAGGGAGGCAAUAUUUGGCAUUGGAGUUGGUACAGAAUCGGUCCUCCUCCCCAACUGUAUUUUUGUUACUUUUUAAACAAGCUUAAUCUUUUUAUUUUCUUUCUGCCCACAUUUUUCUUUUCUUUUGUAAGGAAUACCAUUGACAACCGCUAAAUACCAGGCUAUUUUCCCUUUUUUGAGUUCAUUGCCUUUUCAGUGAGUAGUAAAUUAGGACAACUGUGUAAUAAGGUCCCAGGGAAAAAUGAGCAACAAUGAUUUUACCCUACUCCAUCAAAAUGCUAUCUUAGCUGUCCUGUUAAAGCACAAUCUUGCUUCUACACACUCUCCAGACUUUAAUCCUUAAAUGCAUAUUGGAAAAUGAAUUUUUUUUAAGAGCUGAAAAUCCCCCCCCCCUAUUUGUAGCUUAUGAACACCCACGGUGGCCAAUGGCUAUGAAGAGAAUUACAAAUAUUGACUGUGUAUCUGUCGUCAUGCAUUUACAUUUUCUAUAAAUUAUAACUUUUUUUAUUUUUUCCUUCUUUCCCUCAAUAAAUUCUGUAUUUUGACCUUUUUAAAUCAGUCAGGAUAUUUCAGCAUGUCAGCAGUUCUCAUUAUUUAUGGAGCAUCCUGACAAAGAUUGCCAGUCUAAACAUGUAACCAAAGAUACUACUUACCCCAUAUUUAAAUCUUCCACAAAUCUUAAUUUUUUUGUGGCUUUUCCAGUCUUGAUCACAUUCAGUAUUCUCUUCAGAGCCAACUGGUUGGAAAAAUAUAAAGUGCUGUCAGUUUUUUCCCCCCUUUAGCAUCCCAGUUUAGUUGGCCAAAAAGGAGUCGGUAGGAGUAGUUUACAUCUUUUUGUGGGGUUUCUCAUGCUACCGUUGACUAAUUAUCCAAAAUUCUGCAUUUUCAAGUCUGGCCACCUAAAUCCCCAGAUAAUAUUGACUCAACUCUGUCUGGUAAGGUUUCACAAUUCAAAUAGUAGUUUAGUCUGGUACCCAUAUGUACCUUGCCUGUAAGGAGGUCUUCAACUUGUUGUUCCCUGACACCUGGCUAUGAAGGGGUUAAAGAGUUUUGCUGGUAAUUUUGUUUUCUUUGAAAAAUUGUAUUGCACUGGUUCAAUGGCCUCUAACUGCAUCAUUUCUUGUCUCUUGCUGCUAUGUUUUUAAAACUGCUUUUAAAUGAAAAUUCUCAAUGCACUUUAUUGCUUAGUCUCCCAAUGUGGCCACUUCUCAGACAGUCUUAUCCAAACUUUUUAACAAAAGACCCUUUUGAAAGCGUUACUGUUGGAUCCGUUUGGUGGGUAUAAACACAGGACUUCCCCUUUUCACUAGUAAGACUACAUUCCUCUCUUGCUUGUGGGUUUUUCCACGUACAGUUUCUAUAGGAUAUUUAUGUAUUUUACAUAAGUUACAUAUCAACUGCAGUCUGUACUAAAUUCCUGAAGUGCCUCCGUAUAUGUUUCAUAGUAAAGAAAAACUUCAUUCCAUAUGAUUUGAAGAAAUAAAGUAAAAAUUCCUUUUUUUUUUUUUUUUUUUUUUUUUUUUAUAGUGGUCUAGACUUGCACUUAUAAGACCUUGUUCACAAUUUGUGGUUUUUGUUCAACUGAAGUUCCAAAAAGAGGCAUGUCAUGUCUGCCCUCAAUCUCCACCGACCCACCCACCCCCAUUUUUAGAAUCCACUCCUAGAUUUGGCUUAAAAUUGUACCAAAACUUCACUAUUUGAACAAGGCCUAAAUGUGUUUCUUUGAAUCCAGUUCAGAUUUGAAUGUGUAACCACCCGUAUUCCUCUGUAAAACAAAUGCACAUCCAGAUGGCAUAGUUUCUGUAAAAAUGUAUCUCCUUUUAUGGGGUUAUCCACUCUUGUCUGAUGUGUUUUGCUUUCCUGUGGAGCAUAGGUGGUGUCAGCUGUUGAUGACAAUUUAACUUUUUCUGGUUGGCCCAAGAGCAGCUAGAAAAAUAUUUUAAACCCACUUGUCAACUAUUCGGUUACCGCCAACACAUUUAAAUCUGUUGUAAGCUUUUUAUUCAAAAUAAUAAUCAUCUAGAUUAUCUGCAUUUACAGCUUCUCAGGUACUGUAUAUAUUGUUAAACUGUAAAGCAUCAGACAAAGGAUUACUGUUUUGGUAGUCUGCUCCUUUUUGGAGAGGUGACAUGUAUGUAGCAGCACAAAGUACUUUAAGUCCUAUCCUUACAUGUGGUUAUUGGAGUCCUUGAUAGAAAUGAUAGAACAUGUCACUUAAGAGAAUUUUUGAUUGUAGUGUUUGUUUUUUUUCUCUUCACAUUGAUGGAAAUCACUGCAUACAUAGAAGUCAUUUAAUUAAUACCAGCCACUUUUUAAAAACUUUAAAUGCUUAGCUGUUGCAGUGUUGACUAUCUGAGGCAGUUGCCCAUUUUUUUUUUUUUUUAAUGGGUUCCUUUAAGAUUAAGUAAAUGCAUUGUAUCAUGUCUAUCAUGUCACAUCAGUACGCUGUCUUAGGUUGCUAUUACACUUAUUGCUUUUUUCCUUUCCAAUGACCUCCUGGAUACUGACUGACUGAUCAAUUUCCCUUGCCUAGUUAACUUUCAGUAUGACUUUUUGUCAUAUGGUUGCAUUGGACAAAGUAACGAAAUACAAAAAAGUGCCCGCCCUCCAUAUGUUUUAUUUGCAGUUAAUGUGGCCUAGGAUAUCCUACUUGUGACUUCAAAGUUUUAACAUUUAUAAAUUCAGAGGUAAUAAAACAAGUGAGAAUAUUUUUAUUAAGAAACAAUGUCCAGUUUUUAUUAAAUUGUACUCUGUAAAAAUUGUAACAAUAAAAUGUUUUUUUUUUUUUUUUUUUUUUUUUAAAUGAAUUUUGUUUAACCCCUUCGCCAGAGGUUGGAACAAUUUGGAGACCCCUCUAAGGUCAAAGGGAUACAUUUGCUUUUGAAACAUGAUUUGUUUUGCACUCAAAUCUGUCGGUAUUUUUUUUUUUGUUGUCCUUGCAUAUAAAUGCCAUUAAAUCCAUUAUGCAUUGGUAAAAAGCAGAAGCACUGAUUUUCUUUUGUUUGGUCAUGUAAAGCAUAUGAAGCCUGCAUUCAAAGAAAGUAGAAUGUGCAGUUUCUGGUGGUGGAUUAUAUGUUCCUUUUUUUUUUUUUUUUUUUUCUUGCAGAAGUUGUAAAAACCCUUUU